GGCUAUCCGUCUCUUUGUUCUUGCCUGCCCGCGGGUCUUGAGCGAGGCAUUUGGCCCCAAGCCGAAAGUUUUGGUUCCUGUUCACCAGUGGUAUUGGGAGGAUGAAUUGCGGAACAGCAACUCCAUCUCUGAGGAGGGGUGUGUGGCGCUGGAAACAAGCUUUUGUCGACUGUGUAAGGAAACACCGUUUAGGAUGCAUAUGAAGUCAUUGAGGGCAAAUUUUCAAUCGAUGAAGUUGUCAGGUGGAUUUGGAAGUGGAGAGCGUAAUAUUUCACGCAAAAUAGUUCCAUUUGUUUUUCACUUUGUGGAUGAGGCCGAUCUUCGUUUGGUUAAAUCAGCAAAAGAAGCCAUGAUGUUGUGCAACCCUACGCCGAAGUGUAGAAGAGAGUUGGGGGUAAUCAAUGCGUCAGAAGCCGCGGCAAUUUCAAAGGGCUUGGGUGAACUUUUCAUUAUAAACAGAGAUUCAGUGGUGCCGCCACUGUACAUGAGCAUUGCGGAAAUGUUUCUUGAGAGUCUAUGCAGCUUUGUUGUUUCCGUCUCUGGUCAGAUGGCGAUGCAGUUGGGAACUUCUGCGUGUGCGUCUUUACUUCAAGCCGCCAUUUGCACAGAAGAGAACCAAAGGUUGGCGGGUCUGUUGUCUAAAAUCAUCCGUCCACUGUGCGAGAUGUUGCGUGAGGCGUUGGUUUCGGGUGACAAGGCCACAAAAUCAGUUUCCCUCACAAUGAUGGUGUGGCUUUUGUGUCAUCCACAGGCGUCGGUGUGGAAUUUUAGCGAGACGGCCCUGAGGUGUGGUGUGGUGAACCAAUUGGAGAUUCUCUUAUCUGGCGGCGCGGUGGUAUCUUCCAAGAAGACGAAACCCCACAAAGGCCUGAACAAAGUGGGGCCGGAAGUAAAACAAACACGCACUGCAUAUCUGGCGGCGUCCGCGUUGGCGGUUCUCCGGGCGAUCAACAAGCAGUUGUCCAAGACACAGUCGCCACGGUCGGAGCGCAGCCUGAGCACUAUGGAUGUGAUGAUGGUGCGCAAAGCGGUGAAUGAACUCAAAAUCUGCGCAGUUACUCCCGGUUUGCACCAAGGCGUGGUGGCACGCAUAUUGGAAUUGAUGGAAAAGUCAGCGAACACCGUGACGGCGUAUGAAUUCUCCACUUUGGGCAUCGCCGACGCCGUACUGAAAUACCUGUUGGUGGAACAUUACAAGGAUUACUGCCGUGAUGCUGUCACCAUGGUAGGGACUGCAACGCCGUCCGUGGCAACCGGUAGCACCGAGGUGAAGGAGGAAUCAUUUGUUGGAGGCUUUGGGCAGGAACUUACGGAAGGAGACCUGUUGGCCUUUGCUGGCACGCGUACCGCCAAUGGACUUCAUCAGCGAUGUCAAAAGGAGCGUCUGCAGUGUUUUUUGGAAUCUGCGAUGCAGAGGCCACGUGGAGUAAAAGCGUUAAUUGAGAACUUGGUUUCUGCCCUCCCACUUCACUCCACUUUCCCGCUUGUUGAAUCGCUCUUGGGUCCCUCCCGGGCGACGUGUCGACCGCCUACCAAAGCUGUAUUGGUGGGCUCACACAUAUCACCUAUUGUCAGCCUCUGCUCUAAACCGGAUGCCGAAUCAGAUGCCGCGAAGCGAUGGGAAUUUGAGAGAAAAAACUCCAAAACGUUGAUUAAGCAAAGCAAGUCAUGUCCCGUUUCAAUGCCUAUGCAACCCGAUGCAGGUCUUUUUUCGGGGGGCGGGGUGGAAGUAGUACAUUCCAGAGACAACUGCCCACGUGGGCACCGUUUGCUUGCUAUAUCGGAAGGACAAAGUUUGGGUUUGUGCGAUAUGUGCGAGGAAGAAAUACACACGGGCUUUUGUUGUCAUCGUUGUGAGUUCUACAUAUGUAAGGACUGUUACACGGAUCCCAAAGUACAGUAUUCGAAUGCCACCUCCGGUGCGAGUCCCAGUUCAGGCGCCGCAGCUGGCGGCAUCUUGGGGUUUGUGGCGCAGUCACAGCAGCAACAGCAGCAACAGACAAGCCAGGAACGACAGCGCCAACAAUAUUCGAGACCGAUUAUUCGUGCUCAUUUAUUCUCCAGCAUUGGUGACAUAGAGCGAUAUUUCCGCACGGGUUCGUACUCUACGAGGAACACGGAUGUGGCACCCGCCCCGCAGUCCGUGUUGCAGAAUAUUGAUUAUUUUGUGGAACGUGCCAAGUCGUUUCUUGCUCGCAAGCGGUUGAACUGCAGUGAUGAGAUACUUCGUAAGGAGGUCCACCGCAUUCUGAGCUCCUUCUUGUUAAAUGGUCCCACUAUUGAUCCGGAAGCAACAGCAGAAGAUGUGACGGAUGUGCAUCCAUUGGGGCCAAAGGAGCUGCAGGAGCUGCGGCGCUUGCUACGCGACGCGAUGGAGGAGCGGUAUGUGCUGUACACCGCCCCUGGUGGUCGUUGUGCCUACCAAGAGACUCUUAUAGGGAAUUUUCUUCGGCGUGCCAUUCACGAGGGAAAUUUGGGGGUUGUGGAACAGUUAGAAACCUGCUUGCUUAGCAUCGAGGGUUAUUGUGAAAGUUCUAACGGCGUUCAAGAGAUAAAUCGUAACGAAUCUCUCCUGCUGAGACAAGAUGAAGUUGGUCUGCCGCCAUCCUGGACCGAUGUGCCGGAGAGGUCGAGCAACGCGCGGACGUACAUGUUUCAUCAUUUUGAAAAGGAUGAGGACACACGCUGCCUGUGUGGUAAGGCGUCACGAGCAGAACUUAAUUCAAUGUAUCCACCAAAACUUGUGCGCAAGCCCUCGCGACUUUCUCAAAAUCCGGAUACACUUUUGCUUAUUCUUUUACAGAAAUUGCUAAGCCCACUUAUUAAGCAGGGUGUUAUGGAUAUUGAUGCUGGCCUCUUCGUGAGUGCCCCGUUUACAACUUUGGUCGUCAAGUCAUUGGCGGCAUCAGCACUUCGUGUGGCUCUUUUACCACCGAGGCUUGCGGUUCCCAGGUGGGCAGACUUUGUCAUCACAGAGGCGAAUUUCCUUUUGCCGUUAAAUGUCCGUGAACGCGUUGCCCGCUUUUUUGCCUAUGGUGCUCGCCGUGCGCUCCAUAGCCACUUAAAAGCCUCACCCCUAAGUCGAUCUAAUCGGUCCAUCAAUGUGUACCCGGCGGAAUGGGGGCGGUGGGCAAAUCAUAAAUACCGCGUCAGUCGUGAAUCGCUGCUGCAUGAUGCGUAUACGGUCCUUCAAAAAAGCGCCGACUCGAGGCUGCCAAUAUCUAUUGAAUUUGAGGGGGAUGUUGGGGUUGGACAGGGUCCCACAGCGCACUUCUACACUUUAAUUGCUGAGGAAGUCAAAAAGGCAAAAUUACGUCUUUGGCGCACUGGGGCUCCCGCCACCAAAACCAAAGAUGGCAGUACUCACGGCGACAUGAGUAGCGGCGAUGCGAAGGUGGUUCCUCCGGCGGAAGGGUUAUACCCAUUUGUGUCUGCCAUGAAGGAUCAGUGCCGCCUAUUCCCAGUGUCUUCGUGGCAACAGCCGGGAGGGGCAACAAUGCUGACAGAUCGCUUCGCCUUUGUUGGAGACUAUGCAGAGUUUGAUCGCGAGCGUGCCCGCUGCUAUUAUCUUAUUGGAGCUGCCCUUGGCCGUGCCUUCACGGACGAACUGGUGUUUCCUCUUGACUUGAGCCCCGCGCUUUCUAUUUUUUUGAGCCGAGGCGCACCAGCUCCAUGCGUGUUUUUCUCCGGUGAUACUAUUGCCAACAAGGGAAUAGAACGGCCCAUUGAUUUCAUGGGGCUUUCUCUUGACGACGUGGAACUGAUGGAUCGGUCAGUCGCCACAAGUUUGCGGUCACUGCUCUCGCUCAGUGGCGCCACGUUGAAGUCGCUCGCCGUUCCCUUUACACUUCCGGGCCAUGACAAUUUUGAGAUGAUAACUGGAGGCUCCGAGAAGCUUCUGACGAAGGACAGUGUGGCUCAAUACAUUCGCCGGGUCAGUAGUGGGUUGCUGUAUGAGUCUGCGGUGCUUCCCAUCCAAUUCCUUAUACGCGGGUUUCGUGACAUUGUUCCCUCUGAGGCACUCGCAUCACUCGGGGAGCAGGAAAUGAUGAGCCUCUUGUGCGGGAGCAGAGCCAACGAUAAGAAGCCACUUUGGACUCUUGCCGAAAUCAAAUCCAUCCUUGUCGCCGAGCACGGCUACCAAACUGACUCCCCGCAGAUGACAAUGCUGCAGAAUAUUCUGGCGAACCGACUGACACCGGCAGAGCAACGUAGUUUUCUCCUCUUCUGCACGGGCUGUCCGCGGCUGCCGGUCGGUGGCGUGGGAGCCCUUGGGGCCAUCACGGUAGUCAAACGCUCAGACUUCACAAUGUUUCAUGGUUCGUCUGGACGAAGCAGCGGCGGCAGCAACGGCAUUGGUAGGGCGGACGGAAAGGAACAGAACCCCAAGCAACCGGGCGAGUGGAACUCUUUGCCGAAUGAGACGGACUGGCCCUUACCAUCCGUCAACACGUGCUUCCGCUACCUGAAGCUCCCGCCAUACCCCACAGAAGACCUCAUGUACAAGAAGCUGCGACUGAGCAUCAUGCAGGGAGGAGAGACAUUUCAACUGUCAUGA